UUGCUGUCACUGGACAUGUCCGCUCUCUGCUGGAAUCAACAGGUCUGAAGGUACCGAAGAAGCUGAACUGGACCUCUGGAGGGAGCAGGAUGUCCAAAGACCAGCUCAGCUUCCCGGACCUGCUGCUGUCACUGGACGGCUCAGAGCUGCAGGAGGUGGAGCGGGUCAGAGCCGCCAUCAACCAGCAGCUGAGUACGGACAGAGGAGGCUCUAUGUUGUCCUCUCUGGUGGAGCAUUACCUGGACUCCUCCUCCUCCCAGGCGGCGCUGCUGCUCUCCUCCAUCAGGGAGCCUCAUCACAAGGUUCUCCUGGAGAAGCUGAACGAGGCUCUAAACCGACCUGGGAACAGAGUGGCAGCCGUCACCCUGCUGGGUCACCUGAUCAGGAAGCAGCCUCCUUGGGUUCAUCACGUCAGCCAAUCGCCUGUUCUGCCAUCGCUGCUGCGCUGCCUGAAGACCGACGGAGAAGUGGUGGUUCUGGUCACCGGGGUUCUGGUCCUUAUCACCCUCCUACCCAUGAUCCCUCAGGCUGGGAAGCAGCACAUCUACGACUUCUUCGACGUCUUUGGACGCCUGGUUUCCUGGAGCUACAGGAACCCUGGCCAGGUGUCUGCGGCGUACCUGGUCCACCUCCAUGCAGGCGUCUACUCCCUGUUCCACCGUCUCUAUGGGAUGUUCCCCUGUAACUUUGUCUCCUACCUGCGGCUGCACUACAGCAUGAAGGAGAACAUGGACACCUUCCAGGAGCUGGUCAAGCCGAUGUUGGAGCAUGUCCGGAUUCACCCGGAGCUGGUGACAGGGACCCAGGACCAGGAACUGGACCCGUCCAGGUGGAGACGUUAUGAGGUCCAUGACAUCAUCAUUGAGUGCUCCAGACUGUCUCUGGACCCGCUGGAGUCGUCCUGUGAAGAGGACGUCCCCAACCCCACCCCUCUGUCCUCCCCUGCUCCUCACCUGGAUCCAAGCCACGCCCACCAUGAGGUGGAGCCAAUUAGCAGCUCAGGAAACUCCAUCAGUCAUCCUCAGCUGGAGCUGAACUCCUCCUUCCUGCAGGCUGAUGAGCUCACCUGGAGCCCCUCCUGCGUCUGUGGUUUGGCCACGCCUCCUCCAGAGCCCGCAGCUACAGGCCCCACCCUCUGCUCCAUCUCAGCUUCUGUAGCUGUAGCCACGCCCCCUGACAGCCAGCAGCCUGUCAGCGCGCUGCAGGUGAAGGUGAACCUGGAUGGUGCAGAUGUCCCACCACCAGCCGCCCCAUUGAAGCUCCUCACUCUCACCCCCAGCUGUGAUUCUGGCCUCCCCUCCCCCCUCUGCCUCACCCCCCCUGAGCCCCCUGCCCAUGUAUGUGAGGCCCCAGGCCCCGCCCCUCCCUAUGAGUCGCUGUUUGAUCUCGCCCUGCCUCGAGCGGCUAAACUCUUCAUUGUCAGGAAGACGCAGGAGGCGCUGGAAAGAUCUGGAGGGGAGCAGAAGAAGGAGGAGCAGAGCUCCAUCUCUCCCCUGAAGGUUCUAGACCAGAUGAUUGAAAACGGAAACGACGCUCACCAGCGUCUCAGCAGGAGGUUCUCAGCCGGAACCAGGUCCAUGGAGCGCAGUCAGAUGGGAGGUAAACAACAGAGCAUGAGAAGCAGAGGCCCCACCCAGGGGGAGGAGCUACAGGCCCUGAGGAGUCAGCUGCUGCUGGUUCACAGCCAGCUUCUCUACGAACGCUUCAAAAGGCAGCAGCACGCCGUCAGGAACCGACGUCUGCUGCGCCGCGUCAUCAAUGCCACAGCGCUGGAGGAGCAGACGGUUGCUACGAAGGCGCAGCUCAGCGUGCAGAACCAGGAGAUCCAGGCUCUGAGGGCCAGUCUGGAGGAAGAACAAAGACGGUUCACCGAGCUGAAGAACGACACAAAGACGCAGACCGAGCUUCUCCACGCUCAGCUCCAACAGCUGCUGCUGCAACAGCAGGAGCAGCAGCAGGAGAACCUGCAGCUGCAGAGUGAACUUGCAGAAUCCCAGCGCAGGCUGCAGGACCUGGAGGCGGAGCUUCAGAGAGCCCAUAACAAGGCCAACCACGCCGAACGCCAGCUGACCCAGCUGAGCCCUAAGCUGUGCAGCAGUGAGCAGCAGCAGCAGCAGAUCUUCCUGCUCAACCAGCAGCUCCUCCUGCUCAGAGAAACCAACCGAGCCCUGAGGAACCAGCUGGAGGAAGGAGGACCUCGCAGCUGGACGGAGGAGGCCAUGCUGCAGCGCUGCGUGGGGAAGGACUUCCAGAGGCUGAAGGACUCAGACGUCCUGCAGAAACAGAAGCUGGAAGCGGCCAAUCACAGGAUAGCAGAGCUGGAGAACCAGCUGGCUAAGAAGGACAAGCUGAUCCUGGAUCAGAAGAAGCUCCUGGAGGACACCAAGAACCGGAGCAGGGCGGAGCUGUCGGCGUCAGAGAGUCGCUGCGUGGCCCUGAGAAGAACCGCCCAGACCCUGCAGACCGAGAUGCUGCUGCUCUACAGCCAGGUCCACCUGGACCCGAGUCCACACAGCCGGGCUCUGGACGUCAGCAGCAGGCCAAUCAGAGAUGCCGCUUCCUCACCCAUCGCUCUGGACGCCAACAAGUCCCGCCCCCCCUCUUCUUCUGCUGUGGGAAUUAUCAACGGUGCCAUGGAGGCCCUCCCCUCCUCCUCCCCCCUCUCCGUCUCCCCCUUUGACUCCCCGCUGGCCGUCGGAUCCUUCCUGGAGCAGCAGGCCCGCCGGCUGUUUGGGCCGAACAACCAGAACCCAGAGGAGGAGGAGGAGGAGGCCCAACCAGAAAGUCCUCCACUGGGUCAGGAGGUGGAGGAGGCCACCCUGCUCACUGGGAGUCCUCAGGUGGAGUCCCCCCUUCCUGCUGUGGUCCCCGCAGACUUGGCCCCCGCCGUCCGCCAGCGCAGAGACGAGCUCAGCAUCAUGGACUACGACAGGUCGCUGCCCGAGUUCUGAGAAAGAGCAGAGGGGGGGCCAGAGGUCAGAGGUGAACGGAAGCAACACUUAAAACAGUAACAGACUGGAUGGUAGCCCCGCCCACAGGAAGGCCUGUAGCUCCGCCCACGGCAGAGCCUGAUGGAUCUACUGCUUCAGGAAGCUGAAUGUGGAUCAUCUGGUCGGCCAGACCGCUCUGACUGUUUACCGCCUGUUUCCAGCUCAGAUCAUCCAUGCAGUCGAUCAUUUGCAGCCUGAGAACUCCAACAAUAAAUACUGAGUGAAACCUCUGUGUCUGCAGCUUCUGUCUAGAUUAGGCCUG